CAGUCACGAAAUUAGUGUUGUCUUAGGCAUAUUUCCUCGGAACGGUGCAAUGGAGACAACGUAGUUUGGACAAGAUUGUGAUACAUUCGGAUACACCAUUUGUGUGUGAUAUGUAGCAGCAGUGGAGAGAAGAAACCGAGUCCCAGUGACCACAAAGUAACUCUCAUCAGCCAUUAACAUAUUUUGACCAGUCAGUGAUAUCAGUUAAUAUGAAACUUCAGCCACUUUUGUUUGAUACUAUGUAUACCCCACCAGGACUAUCCAUGCCAUCAUGGGGUCGGUGGUCACGACCAGUUUCAUCAGUUCCCAUUUCCCGACAACCCUAUGAAAGACUCCGGGAAUACACAGUGCCACAGUCUUCACAGGAAAUUCCUGCUGAUUUCUGGGAGCCCGUGGUUCCUAAUUCUACCUCAGAUUCUUCUCGGUCAAGAAUUGAUGACCAAAGAACGAGAUCAGAACAGUCAGUACCGAUUAGAAUUCAGCAUGUAAGGACAGGACGGUCAGCAAUGUAUGGGAUGUAUGAUGAUCGUGUUUGUGAUUACAAUCAAACCUCUGAUUAUGAUGCUUACAGUUGGGACCAAAGUGAAAGAGAUUCACAAAUCAGUUCACUUAGUGAUGACAGAACUAAUUUAAACAGCAAUGCAAAUGGAGCAAGAUUCAAAACAAAUGAAUAUUCAAGAGGUGUAAGGUCAAGUGAUGAAUAUUCAAGAGGGACAAGGUCAGGUGAUGAAUAUUCAAGAGGUGAAAGGUCAAGUGAUGAAUAUUCAAGAGGUGCAAGGUCAAAUGAUGAAUAUGCAAGAUGCACAAGGUCAAAUGGUGACAGAGAAAGAAAUCAUAGGACUAGAUCGAAUUUGUACACCAGAGUGUCAGGUCCACAGUCUAGGACAUCAGACAAUAAUAUGACAAUAGAUCUUGAUGUAAGACCGGAGAGAUCGCGAGAAGAUCUCGUAUGUACAGGUGUUGAAAGACCAGGCAAGUCCAAGAAAUAUGAUUACGAAGAUAUUGAUGCACAGAUAGCUGCUUCUUAUGGUUAUGACAUGGGAUCUAAAGAUGAGCCAGAUGUCGGACUCAAGGUCGACUUACCCACUGAUACACCUAUCCUGUCUAAACUAAGGACACUGAAAUCGUCCAACAUGUACGUCAUUCUGGAUAAUGACGAGGAGGAAGAAGUGAAGACUUACAAAAAAACAAAUCCAUCCCUGAAUGGAAAUGAUAAUCUUCCAGGGAUUCUAAAUUCUAGAGGUGAAUUUUACGAUUUGUGUGAUAGAUCAAGUGACGAGUCUUGCGAUUGUCAAGAACUAGUUGUCAAUCUACCCCCUCCCAAGGUCAAGCCUAUGACCUCUACAGAAAAACCUGUUAUAACACCAACAGAAAAACCUGCUGCCAAGACAACUACCGAUUAUCGGAAUAUAUCUGACCCGCCCAGUUACCCUGCCUACAAUAUUAUCAGAAAAGUCAUCAGCAAAUUUGGAGGUGUUGUAGACUACAUUCGAGGCGACGGAAAUUGUUUCUUUCGUGCUCUCAGCAAAGUCGUUUAUGGAGAUGAAAGUUGUCAUGGUGAAGUGAGACAGGCUAUGGUGGACAUCAUGGAAAAAUUCCCCAAAGAUUUUGAACAAUUUAUUGACAAUCCAUCCAUACAAGAUCACUUCAAGGAAAUGAGGAAGGAUGGUGUUUGGGCUACACAAGCUGAAAUAUACGGAGCUGCCUCGUUUCUCCAGCGCGACAUCUAUGUUCUUUCCCCUGAUCACACCGGAGAUGAAUACCGUUGGCUACUGUUCUCACCACGCCUUAAAUGCUCCAAAGCUGACACCUACCACACAUGUCAUGUGACUCUUUGUCACACCAAUGGUAACCAUUAUGACAGGAUUGCUCCAGCAACAGGUGAUUGUAAUUGUGGAGUGCCAUUGCCAAUGUUGAAUGGUUCAAACUUACAAGUGGACCUUACUGCAGAAACAGAUGAAGUUGUGUAAUGGUGUCAUUCUUAGUACUGGAAAGAAAACAUUUGUCUUCUCCGUCAGGAAGAGCGGUCUGUUCUAGCUAUUCGGUUCAGCAGAUGAGCCUGUAGGAUCAGUAUGGUAGAUAACAUAUAAUUACUCUUUCGUCUACUGCAGGUACAAGUGUCUUCUGUUACAUGUUUAUCUUAGGUCAUGCAUGACGCAAAAGAAUGAUAACAACAGGUUUAACUUUGAACUUUAGGUGAUUACAUCUGAUUCAGUUAAAUGUUUUUAAAAUUUAGCCAUUGUUCUUUUUUUAUUUUUUUUUUAACCAUAGAUAAUUUUUGCUAAAAAUGCAGUUCUUACAGUUUAGAAGCUGCAUACAUGGGCUUGCAUAGUUAUUUAAAAAAAAAAAAAGAGGAAAAGUUGCUUUAUUUAAACAAAAAAUUAAAAACACAAUAACUUGCUUCUUUCAGAUAUUUAAGCCUAUUUAAGAUAUAUAUAACUGGCUGAUUCUCAACCAUACCUCCCUAUUUUAACUCCUGUUGGCAGAAUUUAAUUUUUUGAAUAAGAAUUUUUUGAUUUUACAACUACUUUAGAAUUAUUUAAUUUAUUUAAUUGGUUGCUGUUCUGAGUUGUUUCUUGUUUGAUCCUAUUCUGCAUUGUUUUGAGAACAAGAGGAUAACAUUAAAUGAAUGUAUAUAAUUAUCAUAAAAAAAAAUGAA